AUGGCCAUGCUAGCCCCGAAGACGGCAUUCCCGGCCUCGCUAGGUGCGAACGGCUCGAACAUGGUCUCCAACGUCGGCCCUUCUUCCGUCGCCCCGUCUCGUAGAACGCCUGCCGUUCAUAAUACCACGUCUUCUUUUGCUAGCCCGACCGAAUCCGAAUCCGACUUCGACGACGAUGACUCCAACUCCGACGCUGUCAAGAACUGGGAUGAAGACCGCGUCUGCGACUAUCUCCGUAGUGUGAAGUGUGGCGAGUACGAGAAGUUAUUCCGCAAGAACCAUAUCAAUGGCGAAAACCUGCUCGAACUGGAUAAGGAUGUUCUUAAGGAGAUGGGCGUGGAAAAGGUCGGAGACCGUGUGCGGUUGUUUCUCGGCAUCAAGAAACUCAGGACAAAGGCGUAUGCGAACCAGAAGAAGAGAAAUAGGGAUUCCUUUGGCGCACUGGAUGUUCAAUUCACUUCUUCAACUAAUACUAACUCGCCGCGCGGUCCCCUGUCUGCGACCACGACCAUAUCCGCUCCCACAUCUGGGGGUCGAGGAAUGCCGACUCCUCUUGCGAACCGACGAUACUCGAGGCAAAUUGACAUGACUAUUGUCCCUGACAUGUCAAAAACUUCGUCGCGUCCUAGCUCCCCGAUUCCUGCCUCUGACCUGAGACAAACGCGCACUCGAUACGGCCAGAACCCCAGCUACAUGAGCAACGCUGCCCCUAAUACCUCGAGGUCGCCCUCCGACCUUGCCCAACCCGGCCGAUUGGUAACAUCCCAUACCAGGAACAACUCCAGUAUGGAUGGCUCACUGAUGGCUGCCUUACCACAGAACCAAGAUGUCAUCCGCGUCAUUUCUACGGGGGGCGUCACCAAGGUCGUCAAGAUUGCCGACUGCAAGACCUGUGAGGAAGUCAUGAGGGUCACCCUCCGCAAGUUUGCUCUCCGCGAGGACCACGAGAGGAACUACUGCUUUUGGGCCCUGACGGGCAUCGAACCCGAUCCGAGCCAGUGCCGUCGCUUGGGAGAUACGGAGCUAUGGCGUAUCAUCAAGGACCAAAAGCGGCCCGAGCGAAAUCGCCUCAUUCUGCGACGCGUCCCGGCGGGCGAGCCGGGCCAGGCCGAACUUGAGCGUGCGGCCGGCAUUGCCAUCGAGGAGGCGCAGCAGAAUCAUGCUCGGGCCCUCGAGUCCGUGGACAAGCGCAGCCAGCUUAAAGUCCAGAAACUGCUGGGUGAACGGUGGAACGACGAACUCCAGCAUCCUCUCUCCCCGAUCUCGUACCACGAUCGGGAACGGAACGUUAUCAACGCAGCCAAGGACUUGGAACGCCCUGCCGCCGCCACCGACGCGCAGCGGCCGCCCCAACGGAGGAACAAAGGCAUUCUCCGACCGUUUGGUGGCCUGCGGCCUCCUAGCGAGCUCAUUACCUCGGAUCUUACCUCCUACUUCCCCGACCAUCCGAGAGAAGACAUCGACAGAACGGCGCGUCUGUCUAUGAGAAGGUCGACUCGUCUGAGCAAGGUCAACAGUCGUCUGAGUGUUGCGAGCAAUAUUAGCUUUGCUUCGAGCAUUGCCGACGCCCCACCCAUCCCCACCAUUGCAGACACCUGGCUGAGCGCGGUGAAACCGGUGGGACAGUCCGCUCGCCAGGCAGCCCGGAACACCCACGCCUACCGUGACUCGGUCACGUCCUCCGUGCUCGAUACCCUUCAGGAGGAGUCACCCGUGGAACCGAAUCGCAAAUCGUACGUGUCCUUCGCCGAUAGCAACUCGGAUACUGCGGCCGUCAGCGUCACCGACCCCGAUGGCAACAUCUCGAGGAAGAGCUUCUUCGACGGUGAAUCCACAGGCUCUGGUUCAAUGGAGCAGCUGACGCAGGCACUCAACGAGGAUGGCGAAGAUGCCGAUGAAGAGCUCCAAAGCUUCCUUGCCGGCGAGUCGUGGUCCGACGACAAGUGGAUGAAGGGUGCCAUGAUUGGACAGGGUUCGUUCGGUUGCGUCUACCUCGCCCUCCAUGCCGUGACCGGUGAGCUGCUUGCCGUAAAGCAGGUAGAGGCACCAUCUCCUGGGGCGAACAGCCAGAGCGAUUCACGGAAAAAGAGCAUGAUCGAAGCCUUGAAACGUGAGAUCAGCCUGCUUAGAGACCUCCGACACCCCAACAUUGUGCAGUAUCUCGGCUGCAGCUCCUCGUCCGACUUCCUCAACAUUUUCCUCGAGUAUGUCCCCGGUGGCUCGGUGCAGACCAUGCUCAACUCGUACGGCGCUCUGCCCGAACCGCUGGUCCGCAGCUUUGUCCGCCAAAUCCUUACAGGACUGUCGUAUCUCCACAAUCGGGACAUUAUCCACCGAGACAUCAAGGGCGCCAAUAUCCUCGUCGACAACAAGGGGACUAUUAAGAUCUCCGACUUUGGCAUCUCCAAGAAACUUGAGGCCUCCAACAUCUUGGGCGGUGCGAAUAACAACAAACAUCGCCCGUCAUUGCAAGGCUCCGUCUUCUGGAUGGCGCCCGAGGUUGUCAAACAGACCUCGUAUACCCGAAAGGCCGAUAUCUGGUCUCUCGGCUGCUUAGUUGUCGAAAUGAUGACGGGCACACACCCUUUUCCUGACUGCACGCAGCUUCAGGCCAUCUUCAAGAUUGGUGGCGCGAAAGCUACCCCCACCAUCCCGGAUCAUGCCAGCCCGGAGGCCCAGACGUUCCUCGCCCAAACGUUUGAGAUCGACCAUAACCUCCGACCGAGCGCCGACGAGCUCAUGCUGAGCCUCUUCCUGGCGCCGAUCACUUAA